AUGUCAGGUUCUGACGCCAGAAAUCGGAACAGAUUGGGAUACCAAAGGAGUACGAUAGCAUGUGCGCAUUGCCGAAGGCGCAAGAUACGAUGCGUGGUAUCAGAAGACGAGCCUGGGCAGAGGUGUAUAAACUGCAUCCGGCUGAGAAGAGAUUGUGUUUUCUACCCAGUGGAUCAACAAUCCGCCCUGGAGGCUGAAUCAGACACGUCGAGUAGAAUCACCAGAAUACCAUCGACGGCAUCGUCGACAAUUUCAUCCUCUUCACCUCACUUGGGCGCUCGAAUGUCCGGUCAACCCGGUCGGCAGCAGGGUAUUCAUCACCUCGAGGCCAAGUUUCCUGCGACAGGCGUCCCUAUACUUCCUAGCACCGGUCCACACGAGCCUGGCGAUUUCAACACACUGACAGCACAAAGAGAUCAGUCUGGUUUGGGUCAUCUGGUCCCAGGGAGAGCAGGUUCCACCCAACAAGACUACCGACUUCCGGCUUGGGAGCCGCGAAACGAUGCUCGCCCGUCCCAACACUCACAUCUACCGAUGGAAGGCGCCUCGAACGUGCAAUCUGCACGUUUGGCAUACAACAAUCCAGCACUGCAAGCCGAUACUGCACCCUUCCCAGGCCCAUCAGACAUCGAUCCAAGGCGCCCAUACAUAGAUGAUGGAUUUUACAACCAUCAUUCCGUUCAUAUGCCUCUACAGCAGUGGCAGCAGCACGAGCAUCCGAACUUUGGUCCACAGUACCACCAAUCUGGCCCAUUCUAUCAUUCUGCUCAACAAGCGCCACGGCCCUCUGGAGCAUUUCCCCUUACAACAAACUCGGGUCUCAUGAUGGCAACCAGCCAUGUGCCUCACGCCGUCCCGCUUCCUCAUCAUAUGACGCAGCCCAGCCAGAUUUCACAAUCCCCAGCUGGGUAUUAUCAACAAGCACCCGCUCCUUGGCAGCUUGCACAGCAACCUCCUGCACCCCAAUUCGACGAUCAGUCAAACGUCGGGCACCCAGAUGAACGCACAGGUGGGUACGGAUAA